AUGGCGCCUGAACCUCCACGUCACAGGCAUCGGAGCAAGUCAGCUCCCAGGGCAGUCAGUCCAAAUCCCAAGGAAUUACGCAAGGCUGCUGCUGAGAGUAAGGUAAAAAAGAAGACCGGGAAGUUGCGGGAUGUGGACGUCUAUACAACACCACCCCCAAGGCCGAGCAGCAGGUCUUCUUCAAGUGCUUCGAAGGGCUCGACCAAGUGUAGGAUUUCUUUUGGUGAGAACUCCAUCCACCAGAUCGAAGCUGAGAACAAGGGGAAGGGAAAGUCUAAUAAGAAGGCAAUGGAUGAAUCGGAGGCUACUGCGAUUGCGGAGAAAGGUGCCAACAAGGACAAAAAGGAUGAUAAGGAAGCAGAGGGGUCUUCGAGCAGUGAGUCGUCUGAAGAUGAAGAAGUGCUGGAGGCUCGUCGGAUCUACUGGGCACAGUUUGAGACACCUGGUGUUUUUCUGAAAGCGCCUGGGAUUCCAAGGGGUUCCAUGAAGAGGCAACCCAAAAGAUUGUCACACAAAUCCGUUCGUCUCAUGCAAGAGUGGUGGAAAGCUUGCUGUCUCUCUCGGCACAAUGCCUCUGAGGAAGACAACUCAGAGAAGGAGGAUGAGGAGAAGGAGGAGGAGAAGAAGAAGGAGGAGAAGGAUGACGAUGAGAACAAUGAAGAAUCAGAAUCAUCGAGUGAAAGCGCAAAGUCCGAGAGUGAUGAAUCUGAUAGUGAGGAGGAGGAGGAGGGUGAAAGUGGGGAAGAUGAAGCGGGUGAGGAGGAUGCAAGCAGUGAAGAUCAAGAGGAAGAGGAGGAAGAGGAAGAUGAGGAUGACACACCGAGCAAGGGAAUCUUGAAGAAAACCUCUGCAAAAGAGACAAAGAAGAAAAGCGAUGGAACGGAAGAGAAGAAGAAUAAUAAGAAACAGGCAGAGAAGAAUGAAGAGGCAAAGAAGAAGCGAGAGGCAGAGGAGAAGAGUGUUGCCAAGAAGGCGGCUGCAGAGAAGAAGGAAGCAGUGAGUAAGAAGAAGGAGGCAAAUGAAGAGAAGAAGGCAGAGAAGAAGGAUGCAAAGAAUGGAGGAAAGAAGGAGGCAGAGAAGGCUGCAGCAAAGAAGGGGGCAGAGGGGAAGAAGAAAGAUGGAGAGAAGAGUGAUGGAAAAGCCUCUAAAGUGAAGGCCAAAGAGCGUGCAAAAGAGAAGGCGACAAAGGAGAAGAGUAAGAGUGGGAAGGAGAAGGCAGACAAGAAGGCAAGCGCAGAAGAAGAAAAUGAACACAAGAAGAAGAAACUAGCCGAUGAGUCAAGUUGUCGCAAGAAAAGGAAGACUGAAGAGGAGGAGACAGAAGAGUCAGAAGAGGAGAAGACUAGUGAUGGUGAAGGAAAGGCAUUGGAGGAAGCUGAGCUAGCUGGCUUGGCCAAUUCCACUUCACACCGCAAAGGGUGGCAACAGUUCUCACGCUGGAUGCGUAACAAGAAGCGGUGCCCGGCGAAGAUCAUUGAGACCCGGCACCAGAUGUUUCGCGACUUCAUCGACUGCAGGAAGGACUUUGCUAAGGUGGAGGCAAGGUUCGAGCAGCGGCUCGAAGAGGUUCAGAGAACCUCUGUGAAGUGGGGCUUCCGCAAUGAUCAAUGGUUGAUCAAACACCAUGGCGAGCGCAAAGCUGCUCGCAUUAUGGAACGAAAGAAGGCUCAUGGAUUGACAGUGGCGGACCCGGAGUUUCCCGGCGAGAACGAGCUGUUGUACUUUGUGAUGGUGGAAAUGAACAUAGAGGACGUGAAGGAACUUCGCCGCAUCACCCAGCUAGAGAUGGACUCCGAGGGGCUCAAAGCCUUCGUGGAAGCUGGGGGAUGCCUUGAUGGCAAGCAGCACUUGGCGCUUGGCAACAUGAUGGGUGCCGAGGGUAUGAACAAGCUGAUUGCUGAUACAGGUGGUGUUGCACAAGGCAAAAUCAAGAGGAAGAGAGGAGAGAAUAACAACGAAGAAGAUAAGAAAGAUGCUAAACCGGUGGGGUACCUAACACCUAUGUAG